AUGGAUGUUAAAGUUUAUGAAAGCGAGGCAAUCCUCAUGAUAGCUACAGGCAAUGAUCAUGAAUUAGAUUUUUUUAUGUCAGCAAGCACAGUUAAUACUCAAACAUUUUUCAACAUUGACUUCCAUUUCAAUAAAUUAAUAGCAAUUUCCAUUACAAACAGCGUCGCACACGCCGAACCAUGCGCUGUUCAACGACGAUCACGAGAGAAUGUUCGUGGACCACUCGCCCAACGUCGUCCAUUAAGCUCGAGCCGGGAAUGGAUGAUGAGAAGAAGUAAAGAUAAAUUAACACUUUCAGUAAACAAGCUUGGUGGACUGAAAAUUAUCCACGCGCCCAUUUUAGCAGCUGUUGGUUCACUGGGUAGAGUUCGUCUUUUAUUCAAGAAUUCAUUCCUUGAGAAUGGUUCAGUUUGGAGUUUCCCACGGUUUGAAACUUCACAUUCCCUAGCCCGUGAUCGGCUUCGAAUACGAAAACAAAUUGAAGUAUAA